AUGCGUCCAGAUUUAGCGCGCGCCCCGUCGCAAGGAAGUGUCGUCUCGCAGACUACGCAGCAGAUGGGUCCUCACAGCCGUCCAGGGACGGCAGACCCCAUGCGUGCCCGAUCUGAGACCGUUUCGCGAGCUGGGCGUCGUCCUCGCUCUCGAGGUUCAACUGCCAGCAUUCAUUCCAGCACAACACAACAAACUCAGGACCAGCACCUCGAUGGAUUCCCGCAGUUCAUGCCUUCUCAGGUCGCAGGAGGCCAGAAUGUGUUCGGCAACAACCCCGAAGAUAUGCUGAUGCGUUUUGGUCAUCAGCUGUCUCACCAGCCCAAUGGCGCGUCGCUGGAACACAGUAUGCGGGACACCCAUUCAAUGGCUUCCCGAGCGGAUGAUUUUCCAACACACAGUAUGCACGGCCACAGUCUCUCGCACCACUCAUUACCACCAGACAUGCCACAUAAUGGCCUUCCCACGAUCCCGGUCCCACAUUACCAGCCUAUGUAUGAUAGUGGGAUUGAGAAUCACCUUCCUGAUCACCCUAUGGAUGAUCAAGAGGCCUCGGAAGCUGGUGGGAAGAAGAAACGCGGGUCAAGCUCAACACUCGCAAACGAUAACGAGUUGCGGAAGUUACUUCGUCAAUACGAAGGCUACACACUAAAACAAAUGGCUGCCGAAGUCAUGAAACACGAAGGUGCUGGGGGCAAGGCAGAGAAGGUGAAACAAGUAUUCGCCAUGAUCUGGCUACGAGAGAAUUGCCGGAAAAGCAAUGGCUCGGUACGACGAGACCGAGUGUAUUGCUGUUAUGCAGAGAAUUGUGGAACGGAGCGAGUAUCGGUUCUGAACCCGGCCUCCUUUGGCAAACUAGUCCGCAUCAUCUUUCCCAAUGUCCAGACACGCCGCCUGGGUGUUCGUGGCGAGUCAAAAUAUCACUACGUGGAUUUGUCGGUCAUCGAGGAAAAGCAACAGAGACCCGUCCCUCUUAACCCACAAGUUGCUCCCAACCCCCAGCACGUCCCUGCUGGUGUUCCUGAAAGACCUGCAAGUGGCAUGCGCUCAAGGAGCAUUAGCAUCCCUCAGCCUACAGCAGACACCGCAGUGUUCCCGUCCCCAACAACCUCCUUCGCACCCCGAUUCCCUGCGAACUCUCCCGUCAAUGGCUGCAAUUGCCAAACUCAACCCCCGUCUGGCCCCGAUGCCGCUAUCACAACCCGGAACGUUGCCCAGCAGGCUGGGAAGAUGAUCCAUCAAAUGCUGCAGUUCCCAACUGACGAAGUUCCGGGCAUUGAUAACGACUCUCUCGUCCUCCCUGAUAUCCGCGGGUAUCUUCCCGUCCACACAGAUCCCAAAGUUGCUGAAGCUCUCGCGGCUCUCUACCGAUCCCAUUGUAUUUCGGUGAUCGAUAGUUUCCGAUUCUGCAAAGAACGCAAUCUCCUCAAAUACUUCUCUGCAUUCCACGGCACCUUAACCGUGCCAGUCCAAAAGCUCCUGACACAUCCCAAUCUCGCCUCAUGGAUCAAAGAAUGUGAUUGGUUGAUGUAUCAGAAGAUGAUUGCCUUUGUGGCCCCCCUCACAACCCAGGUAGUUCCCAAGGUUGUUUUGGACGCAUUCAGCUCCAUCUCGCAGCGGUUAUGCGGUCAUAUCGCGGAGACCUUCAAGGCUCAACCGUCUCAUGUGUCCAUCGCGCGACUGAUCCCAGCCCACAUCUUCUGCAAUCUUCUCAAGCACAUGCUUGAUGUGAACCAGGCUGCUAAUGCGGCAGCAGCCUGGCUCUGUCAUCCGGACAAUCGCAACCAGAUGUGGUACGAUUUCAAGACCAUCGUUGACCCAAAGGACAUGAUCCUCAAGGCCAACAUUCCCACUUGUGCUGAACAAGCCACGGAGCAAAUCCUCAAACACGACGUUCGUGCACUCCUAACUCCCCUGGGUGAAGCCGAUGCCUCAUCUGGUCUUUCCUUCUUCGCCAGACCGGAUGGCCCUGAGGACAUUGAAGCUCAUCAGUUCCCCGUGGAGACCUCCACUGGCGAAGAGUACAACUUCCCCGAUAAGUGGGUCUCUUUCAUCUUGAACCUCCCGAUGGCUUUCUCCCACCAUCGCACGCAGUGUAUCAUUAAGAAAGUGGAUGCCUUGUGGGACUCCAUCCUCCACCGCCUGACUCUUGGCGGAGCGGCCAGUUUCAGUGCCUGGUGGAUGACCAAAGUGUUCUUCCAUGAGAUGAUGGUUUGGCAAGCGGAGAAAGGGGGCUUCAUGAGAAAUAGUCCCGCCUCUUUGCAGAGUAUGACAUUUGGUGCGGAGCAGACGAGCAUGGGGAGUUUUCAGCUGAAGCCGAAUGCUCCUGAACCUCCCACCUUCGAGGCGGCUGGCCAUGGCGCUCAAUCCAAGCCUAAUACUAGUCAAUCCCCGGAUCCUCGCGGUACAAGGGACCAAACCGUUGACGAGGAACCCGAUACAAAGCACAUUCCGAAUGACAAAGAGCUGGCUCUCACAGAUACGGGAUUUCAAGCACCCAACAAUGAUGACAGUGCGAUCGACUUAGAGGAUGAUACUAUGUUGAUGGCGGUGGGUAAAUACGGUGAUAUGAUGGCUUCCGACCCCGCGGAUGCUGAGGGUGAUGUGAUUGUCAUCUAG